AUGCACACCACCCUAGGCAAACUUACAGCGCCGUUCCCUUGGGGCCCCGAAACCUUUGCCAAGAGAUGUGGCAAACGGCGUGACCUGCACGUGUGGUAUAACCGUCUGCUGGACGAGCAUGCACCGAGCUUCCGAGUGAAUAUCAUCGAUGUAGACUUCUGUGAGAAUGACUUGCGAUUCGUCAAUGUGAUUAUAAAUAGUAACAGCAGGUUUGUACCGCGCAUGGGGGUGUUGGGGGAUGGGACGGUGGGGACAGCGAGCGGUCUCAUGGCUAACACGAAUACGACAACCACAAACGGAAAUAUGACAUCAGCAAAUGGAAACACGACAAUGGCAAAUGAGAACACGACAUCAACAAAUGUAAAUACAGCAACUUCAAAUGGGAAUACGACAACCGCCGAUGCGAGCACGGUGCACGAUGGCAAUACCGUAUCCUUUGCCGGCCAUUCAAGCGGUAUGGGGGUGGAGCUCAUGGCGUCGGGCAUAAGUCUGUCCACAAAUUCGAAUAGAGAGAGAUCGGAAAGUGUCGGCACAUCACACGACAUGUAGAGAUAGGAUCGCCACAACCAAAGAACUACGGCGCACAACUAUGACAUUAACCCAGCUCAGCGAGCUAGCGAAUACAACCAACCUGGUGUCUGACGGCUCCUGGAGUUUAUAGUUCUGACAAGUCACAGAAAUCAAACCGGGAAGAGUUCGGCCACGCACUUCAGCUUCGGUGCACAUUUUACUCGGCAUUGAAAGAACGACCAAUGAUUGUUUAGCGAUAAAGUAUUUGGCAGUGUAUGUUCACGCAACGCUGGUUAUCCAGUGUACCACAUUCUGGUUACUUCUGCUCACUCAAUUGAGGAAUCGGUGCUAGAAAUAGAAUCUACCUAGAAAGAGGUCUGCCCCAAAGUGGAUCCUAUUUGGCACCAAUAGAGGGCUGAUAACCGUGCGGCGAUUUACUUCUGG